CACGCAGCUGCGGCUCAACGCUCUAGAAACGUCCACUACGUCCGUGCUGCGUCACAAGUGCCAUUCUCGUAGCGGCGCUACGUCAGAAGAUCCGGAGCGUUCGGUCUCAGUCCCCCGGAUAAGAGGCGUCUGCAGCACUGCGCUCCUUGUUUUCUGCUGCGUUCACCUUGUUUUCUUCUCACGGGAACCGUUUUCCCCCAUCGGAACAAAAACAAGCCAAAAGAAGGAAUCACUUCUCAUCAAGACAUGCAUCCAGCUACAGCCAAGUGGUACGACCGGAGGGACUCUGUUUUUAUAGAGUUCUAUGUAGCCGACAGCAAAGAUGUUAAAGUCAAUUUUGAUAAGGCAAAGUUUGGUUUCAGUUGUCUUGCGGGAACUGACAAUGUCAAACAUGAGAACGAAAUAGACCUUUUUGACGCCAUCGACGAAAAUGAAUCCAAACACAAAUGCACAGGUCGCUCGGUGCUGUGCUACUUAAGAAAAGCGCAGCCGGGGAAGCCGUGGCCGAGGCUAACGAAAGAGAAGGCGAAGCUGAGUUGGCUCAGUGUCGACUUCAGCAACUGGAAAGACUGGGAGGAUGACUCAGACGAGGAAAUGGUCAACGCCAACCCGCUCUCAGACCUGAUGAGCAACAUGGGAGGUGAAGAAGACCUAGAUCUAGAAGGCCCAGAGGACGAUGAGUCUGCAGAUAGCGACGAUGAAAAAAUGCCUGAUUUGGAAUAGAAGACCUGAGACUCUGGAGGGGAAAUGGAAGAACGGCGGGCGAGAGGAAAACUUAAAACAAAUGUAUAUCUUAAAAAAAAUUGAAGGCAGUGACAAACAACUGUACAUACGAGUUCAGUACUCAUAUUUAAAUCCAUAUUCUGGGCUCCGCGCUCUGGAGCCGUCAGUCCACUGAAGGUUGAUAUGCAUGGUAUUGUACAGAGCAGCUGUCUCCACUUCCAUUUGCUGUACUGCACCUUUUUUUGGGGUAUAUCUCGUUUUACUGUUCAAUAUUACAACCAAGCACAUUAUUUGUUGGAAAAAAGCUGUAUAGUUGUCCUCAACUGAGCAAUAUGUGUUUUAAGAGAUUUACAAUUUGUUUUCAGCUGAAACGUGGUUUAAGAUAAUUAGGCCCAACCCCCAUUCCUGAUGUUGUGGUUUUUAAGUUAGUCGACCAGUGUAGUUUAUCUCUCACUUAGAUGUGGUGACAUCAAAAAGAAUUUGGAUGCAUCGACUUAUCGAUUGGUUCCUCUGAAGCCUUCCAUGUGCUGUGAAGUAGAUAAUCAAGGAAUCCAGUCUCUCGUUUCUGUAGCUUAACCUUCCAGCUUACAUGUUUCCCUUUACUUCUUCCAUUGUUUGUACAAUUAACAGAUUUCUGAGAUCAUCGCAGAAAUAUUUGCAUCUUCCCAGUGAUCGCCUACGUUGGAUAAUCCGAAUGAAUCUCACAUAUUUAGCAUCAUCUUAACAGUUCCUCUCUUUGUACCCUCCACCUCACACAAGCACGCACGCACACACACACACAUGUACGUACAUGUUGAACUGUGGCAGCAGCUGAAGCGUUUUGGCGGCUGAUAAAAGAGGCUCGACGUUCGUCGGGGCCUCUGUGUCGUGCAGUUUGGUUGCUGUUCUCCAGGUUCUUUCCAUGUUUUCAUCUAGAAUAGCUCCUCCCUCGUCGGUGAGGAAUGAUAUGGCGAAGUGUAAUGACCAAAUUAUAUUUGCACUGUCAAUAGAAAAUGUAAGGGGAGACAAGUAAUGUUGAAUUACAGUGGAAAUUCUUUUUUUAUUGUCUACAUCUUUCUAAUAAACUGUUUAAGAAUCGUU